AUGCGUGCAUAUCAAUAUGCAAAUGAUACUGUCGUUACACCUAAUGCGCUUCCGACAGCACAAGCAGCAGAAAAUUCUGCACAAACAGUUGCAGAAGGAAUGUCAAAUGAAAUUAUUGAAAAAUUACAAACAAAGGCUACAGUACUUACUCAACUUCGUAAACAGCGUGGUAAAAAGGUGCCAGAUAGUUUAACAAGUGUGGAUGAUAUGAAAAAUUUUCAUUGUGUAGCUACACAUACCGGUUUACAUAGUGCAAGUAAUCCUGGUAUAUUGGCACUUGAUAUUUAUCAAAAAGAUUCCAAUAUUAUUGUUACAGGUGGUAAUGAUCGUCAAGCUGUUGUAUUUAAUAAGGACAGUGCACAAGUUGUUGCUACACUCAAAGGUCAUACGAAAAAAGUUACACAUGUCAUUCAUCAUUCAGAUGAGGAAAUUGCCAUUACUGCUAGUCCCGAUUCAACAAUUCGUGUAUGGCACAUACCCAGUGCUCAAUGUACUAAAUUAUUAAAGGUACACGAUAAUCCAAUAACAGGUCUAUCAUUACAUCCAACAGGCGAUUAUAUUUUAUCAAGUUCAAAUGACACAUAUUGGGCAUUAUCUGAUAUUCGAACAGGAAAACUUCUAGUUAAAAUACAAGAUAGUACAUCACAACGAGCUUUAACAUGUGCUCAAUUUCAUCCUGAUGGUAUUAUAUUUGGUAUUGGUACACAAGAUAGUGUAAUUAAAAUAUGGGAUUUAAAAGAAUGUAAUAAUGUAGCCGAUUUUCCUGGUCAUAGUGGAGCUAUUAGUGCAAUUGCUUUCUCAGAAAAUGGAUACUAUUUGGCAACAGCAGCCGAUGAUUCCGUUAUUAAACUAUGGGAUUUGAGAAAAUUAAAAAAUUUUAAAACAAUCACGUUAGAAGAUCGUUAUGAGGUUAAAGAUCUCGUAUUUGAUCAAAGUGGGGUUUAUCUUGGAGUAGCUGGCACCGAUGUUCGUGUCUAUCAAGUAAAACAAUGGGAUUUACUUAAAAUAUUUAAUGAUCAUACAUCAGUGGCUACCGGUGUUCGCUUUGGUUUAAAUGCAAAUUAUUUGGCUAGUUCUAGUCUUGAUCGAUCACUCAAACUUUACCAAAUGUAA